AUGGCUCCUUCUGCUGUCGAAGCCGUCCAAACCACCAUCAACGUCGAAAAACAAACUACCCAGCAGUCUGCUCCUACCCAGCACGCCCAACACGUUGAGCCCCUCAAGCUUGCUGGCGUUCUUGACCAGUAUGAGCACUUCGACGUGACUCCCAUCAUCGGCCGCGAGUUCCCUAAGGCCGACCUGGUUGAGUGGCUCAAUGCUCCCAACUCUGAUGAGCUCCUUCGCGAUCUCGCCAUUACCAUCUCCCGCCGCGGCGUCGUCUUCUUCCGCGCCCAACACUCCCUAACCAACGACCUCCAAAAACAACUCAUCCUCCGCCUCGGCGCCCUCACCGGCCGCCCGCCCACCUCCGGCCUACACAUCCACCCCAUCCUCAACUCGGAGCGCGAACUCGGCGGCAACGACCCGGAAAUCUCCACCAUCAGCUCCAUCCAACACCGGAAAUUCUACAACCACACUCCCGAAGACGACGACCAACUGUCUCCCAAAAAGCAGUACACGGCCCAAUGGCACUCCGAUAUUGCCUUUGAGCCUGUUCCCGCCGACUAUACCAGUCUGCGCCUGGUGCAGCUUCCGAAAACCGGCGGCGACACCCUCUGGGCCUCGGGGUACGAGAUUUACGAUCGCAUCUCGGAGCCGUACCAGAAGUUUCUGGAGGGGUUGACGGUUACGUUUCAGCAGCCGGGGUUUAACAGGACGGCGGAGCGGAUUGGGUUCAAGAUUUACGAGAAGCCGAGGGGCGCCCCGGAAAAUGUGGGGAGUGAGCUGAAGGCGGUGCAUCCUGUCGUCAGGACAAAUCCCGUUACCGGGUGGAAGAGCGUGUUCCCCGUGAGAGGCCAUGUGAAGCAUGUCAAUGGGGUGACGAAGGAGGAGAGUAAUAGGUUGUUGGAGUGGUUUUUGGAGAUGUUGCAAAAGAAUCACGAUUUGCAGGUGCGGUUUAGGUGGACGGGGGAGAAUGAUAUUGCAAUCUGGGAUAAUAGGAGUGUCUUCCACACUGCUACCUUUGACUAUGAUGGGUACGGCGAGCGGUUCGGUAAUCGUACGGUUGGAUUGGGCGAGAGGCCGUAUCUUGAUCCGCAGAGUACUAGUAGACGGGAGGGAUUGGCGGCGGCGGGUGAGCUGGCUUGA